AUGAAAAUGAAGUGUCAUUGUGUACAAUAUUAUUCUGAAGAAAACCACAUGCAAAAUACAAUGAACGCUUGUUCGUCUAAGCGAAAAAUUUUAAAAUUGCUAUCAAUUACUGGAAUAUUAUUAUUAUUAGUAGUACUAAACAGUAUAGUAAUAUGUGAGAAGAGUGAAACAACAGAUAAAGGAAUUAAUGAUAUAUAUAGAAGAAAUUUAUCUGAGUUAGAAAGUGUAAAGAAUAAAGGAUUAAGAAGUAGCAGUCAUAAGAAUAAAUUAAGAUGUACGUUAGAUGAAAAAAAUAAUAAUAUUCCUCUUAGUUCACAUUGUAAUAAUAUAAAUUAUAAUGAUAUAUCAAAACAAUUAACAUUGGAAGAUUUACAUAAUGUAUUAGAUAAUUUAAAAGAACGUCCAUCUGAUGAAGAUCUUCAUAACAUAUGGAACCAAGUUUUGGGUGUAGCUAAAUAUGGAUUUGAUGAUAUGUUAAAAGAUUUAUCAUAUUAUAUAGAAGAGUAUUUACUUACAUAUGAAUAUCAAACUUAUCAUCAUAUGAGUGAUAGAGUCGUAUCUGUAAAUACUGAAUACCGUACAUGGUAUAAAUCAAUGCAUGAUAUUGCAGUUGCACUAUCAUCUACAGAUGUUGAAAAUACUCGUUAUUUUUAUAGUUUAAUUAAAGAUGGAGCAUCACUUGAUGAAAUGAAAGAUUUUAUUUAUUUAUUUUUAAAGUAUUAUGAGACAUUAAAAAUUGAUUUAUAUAAUGAACAUAAGAAAAUAUUUACAGAAAGGAUGAUGAAUCCACAAAGAUUAGAUAUAUAA